AUGCGGAGUGAAGAAGCUCCGUGCGAGAAGGCGGAUAGCAGCGGGAAAUCUGCAGAAGCGACAGAAGAAGACUGCAGGCCAGAAGCGAUAGAGACUAUGCCGCACUGGUGGAGGGAAACUAGUACGAAGGAGUCCUCCAACCAAGGAGGAGCCUUGUGCUACGUGGGUGCAACAGCGGUACUUCGCGUUGAGCUUGCAGGAACUUCAUGCGAGGCACUUUUAGACACAAGCGCUUCGAGAAGUUUCAUUAACCCUAAAACAGUCGCACGAUUGCAGCUGAGGGUGCGGAGACUUCCAGAAGAGCAUAGGUUCACUGUAGCUACAGGUGAACAAUUACGCAUUGAUCGAGUUGUGAAGGGGUUGACGACGCAAUGUGGACACGCACGCCUUUCCGGGGACUGCUUAGUGGGACCCGUUCCCUAUGAUUUAGUCUUGGGUUUGGAUUGGCUGACUGAACAUAAGGUGGCCUGGUAUUUUCAGUCCAACAAGCUCCGGGCCUAUGUGAAUGGCCAGUGGUGCGAGUUACCGGUCCUUAGGACGGGUGAAGAGACAUUGCAGGGUGACAGUCACAUAGUAGCACCUCCAAGGAGUCCUGCAGAGCAAGCGUAUGACAUUUUGGCUAGGCAAGUGGCGGGGAUGUCAGCGGAGGAGGCUGCCAUAUUCCUACAGCCGCCACCUAAAAGGUAUAAAUCCCAUGCGGAGACUAAGGCGAAGGCACGGAAAACGUUACUUGCUCGCCAGGCGGCGGCUGACGCAGAGAAUCUCAGGGCACCAUUGCACGGUUUGCAUUACAUCCUGGCUUUGCCCGACGCUGGCUCGUCAGUGGCACUGAGGUUCACGGACGACUAG